GAGUUCCGGUGAGAGGAAAUAAAGAGACGUGGCGAGAGAGAGAGAGAGGAGAAAAAAAAUCGGUGAAUAUCGGUGCCUUCAAAGUUGUUUUGUCCUUGAUUGAGAUUUGGAGCGGUACCUGUGUGUGUGUGUUGAGCCGGGUUCAGGAUAUACACUUUAUGCUAAAUGGGUGAUUACGGGUUCGCAUUACAGUUGGCUCUCCUGAGCAGUAGCGGCGGCUGUAAGCGUCUCCCUCUCAGUCUCCCUCUCGCGUCCUUUUCAUCGCCCAAGCAACGUAGCAGUCCGACCAAUGUGGUGUACGAUAUCCUCAAUAAUAACUCGUCUCUGUUUCUCCCCCUUGCAGCUCAGCAAACCAUGCAGGAUGAUUUACUGAUGGACAAAAGCAAAGAGCAGCAGCAGCAGCAGGACCCAGCGAACAUCGAGCCUCCUUCGACACCGACUCCUUCACCGUCCGAGCCGGCGAUCUCUGAGGACAGCAGCCCGUCGAGCGGGAGCAGCCAGCCGCCUUCGGUCCAAAGCAGCAAAGAGAAAGCAGCGAUGGAGUCGCCGAUCCUGCCGGGUCUGGGCUUCCCGGAGACCGGCGGAAAUUCCUUGUCUCCGUCGUUCGCGAGCACUUGGUCAUCUGGAACAGCGAACGCAGUGGACGAUAGUUUUUUCCAAGGAAUCCCGUCGGUGAACGGCACCAUGCUUUUCCAGAACUUCCCGCACCAUGUCAAUCCGGUUUUCGGAGGCGGAUUUUCUCCGCAGAUCGGCUUGUCACAGCAGCAGCAAGUACAACCGCAACCGCAGAGGAGAUCUCCGGUCAGCCCGAACAACCAGGCUGCUUUUCCUCAGCGGAACGCAUACAGCCACCAGGCCGUCGUGAACAGCAAGGCCUCGCCGUCCUCUUCGUCGUCGGCGUGGAAUGCUCAGCAGAGCGCCGUAUGGAGCUCCGGCUCUAACCCCUGGAGCGGGCUGCCGGCCGGCCGGGACCCGCGGAGAGCCGUCGGAGUCGGCCUCCCUUCGGCUCUUAACCCCAUCUCUCCGAUGAAGAAGCCCUACCCGACUAAUGUCAUCGCCCCGCCGAAGUUCCCCAGAGCUGCCCCGCUUACCCCAAAACCCUGGCUGGAGGACAACACCUUCAGGACCGACAACAGCAACAUGUUACCUUUUCAGGACCGGAAUCGGCCCUUUGAUCCAUUUAGCUUGCAAACUUUGGAGAAUUCCUUAAUGGAUAUGAUAAGGACUGACCACGACAAAGGUAAACACCACCCUGUCGGGGGCCCACCAAUGACUAUCGCUGAUAUUGUAUGGAGGAAUCAUUUUGCAGGACGCAUGGGUCUGAACUUUCACCACCCAGCAGCAGAACAUAUAAUGCCACUGACCAGGAGUUAUGGUCGCAGAAGAGGUCGCUCAUCACUGUUUCCUUUUGAGGAUGGCUUUUUGGAUGAUGCUCAUGGAGAUCAGUCUCUAACUCCAGGGCUGAACUCCCCCACUCGCUGUCAGAACGGUGAGAGGAUGGAGCGCUAUUCCAGGAAAGUCUUUGUUGGUGGACUGCCUCCAGACAUCGACGAAGAUGAGAUCACCAAUAGUUUCCGUCGCUAUGGACACCUCGUAGUGGACUGGCCCCAUAAAGCGGAAAGCAAGUCCUACUUUCCUCCUAAAGGUUACGCCUUCCUGCUUUUCCAGGAAGAAAGUUCAGUUCAGGCUCUCAUUGAUGCCUGCAUUGAGGAAGAUGGAAAACUCUAUUUGUGCGUCUCCAGUCCCACCAUUAAAGACAAACCAGUCCAGAUCCGCCCAUGGAAUCUGAGCGACAGUGACUUUGUGAUGGACGGCUCUCAGCCUCUGGACCCUCGCAAGACCAUCUUUGUGGGAGGAGUCCCUCGACCUCUGCGUGCAGUGGAGUUGGCAAUGAUUAUGGACCGGCUGUAUGGAGGUGUGUGCUAUGCUGGCAUUGAUACUGACCCUGAGCUGAAGUAUCCUAAAGGAGCAGGCCGAGUGGCCUUCUCUAACCAGCAGAGCUACAUUGCUGCCAUCAGCGCUCGAUUCGUCCAGUUGCAGCACAAUGACAUCGACAAGCGGGUGGAGGUGAAGCCGUACGUGCUGGACGAUCAGAUGUGUGACGAGUGUCAGGGUGCACGCUGUGGGGGCAAGUUCGCCCCGUUCUUCUGUGCCAAUGUCACCUGCCUGCAGUACUACUGUGAGUACUGCUGGGCCAGCAUCCACUCACGCGCUGGCCGGGAGUUCCACAAACCGCUGGUGAAGGAGGGAGGAGACCGACCACGCCACGUCUCCUUCCGCUGGAGCUGAUGGAGGAGUCACUUGUCCUCCCCCCCUCAAUUCACUCCCAUCAUCCCCUCCAACCGACUAACUACCACCAUCACCACCACAACCGAAGAAAGAUAACCUGGGUCGUCUUUUUAUCCUUUUUUUUUUUUUUUUUAUAAAUCAUGGCUCUUAAUCUCUUUGUCCACCAUACUCUCUGCUAAUGAACAUUCAGUUGAAUAAGAAUUUUGAGUCUUUCUGCUCAUAAAUUUGCACUUUGGCACACGUGUACACUUGAUGUUAGUUAGGUCAUGACAAAUACUGGUUCCCUCCCCCACGAGUUUACUUUAAGUUCCUCUUGAUUGUCAGACAGUGUUUCCCAGUAGGCAUCAUUAGACAAGAGUGAGACCCCCCCCCCCACACACACAUUUAUUUUUAUAUAUAUAUAUAUAUAUAUAUAUAUAUAUAUAUAUAUAUAUAUAUAUAUAUAAAAUUACACACACACACACACUUCCUUUUUUAUUUUAAUUUUUUUUUUAUAAAGGAGCAUGCACUUGUUUUCAGAAAACCUAUCUUGUUGCCCCAAGUAGAAAAUAUGAGGGAACAAAAUUACCAAAGGUGAAAAAUCAACCUUCAUUAAGGAUAAAAAAAAAAAAAUAAUAAUUAUUCAUAAAUGAAUCUAAAAUUGGAAUACGCCUAUUUGGUCUCCAUUUUGAAAAUAGUUCAGUUAAUACCUCGUGCACAAUCAAAAAAAUUUUUUUGCUUAUUUUUAGGCCUUUAUUUUUUUAAAUAUUUUUUAUUUUAGUGUUAUGUACAUGUAAUGCUGCAAUAGCUUUUGCUGCUAAAUCCAUGGUAUAUAGAUGUAUACCAUAGUACUUUAUUCAGGCUGGGGAGUGGAUGAGAAUUGGUUCGGGCGCCUGGUUGGGAGGUGAACAGGCUGGUGUGGGAGCGAGCAUCAGCCUCGGUGCAGUCGGCAUUCGCCCCUGAACUGCAUGUUUAUCCAAAUCAGGUCGCUGCAUGCAAUAGAAUUUUCAGUAUCGAGUCUAUUAUUCAUCUUGGCCCACUUUGCACAUGGUAGACGAGGACACAGAGCAGGAAAGCGCACAGGAAACGGAGACGCAGUGAGGGGAAGCCCAUCUCACUCAGUGGCUCGAUUUCUAUCUCGCUCAUCAUAUCAUGUCAAAAGCUAAAAGUGUGAGCAGACGACUAACCGGCAGUUCUGAUUUCAAAGGCCUAGAUGUAGGAUAAGCCUUCACACAACCUGUGUCUAGUAGGUGAAGAACAUUUUCUUUUCCAGUGAUUGUUAAUAUAAUUGUGCAAUUUUUUUAUACAGUAUGUAGUUAGGUUUGAGUAUAUGCCUAGAACUGUGAUUUCGCUUUAACUGUUCUUGAUGUCUAACAAGUCCUGUGAAUACUUCAUAAUCAGUGUGUGUGUACACACACACAUGCAUACAGUCUUCCCUAUCCCUCUGUUCCGUAUGCGUGCACGCACACACUUUUUUGAUAGUUCUCACUCACACAGGAUAUGUAAAAACUACCAACACCAUUCACUAGAACUAAUACCACGUCAGGCCUUGUCGUUUCUGCCUGACUAGUCAAGUGAUUCGUAGACAAAAAGAAAAUACUGCAGUUGUGUGUGUGUGUGUUUUUCCCCUCAAAGACCCACAUAAAGAAUUCAGACAGUGUGACUGCAGCACAUUGGAUUAUCACCAGAACAUUGUGUGCUCGCUGCAUUUAUAUAUCUAUAUAUCUAUAUAUACAGAGUUUCCUGCAAAGCUUGAAUAGAACCAAUCUGCUAACAAUGAUGGUGGAUAUUUUUAAGACUACGAUAUGGGCUUGAAAGAAAGAGUGGACAAGUGGGAGUUUCGGAGAACACAAGUAUUGGCUGCUGAUGUGAUGCGUUUAAAAGUGAGAAGGGCUUUACGAGCCUGCGACAGUCCCGAGCUCGGUGUUUCAUGCAGGGAAUCGUAAAUCAUCCCAUCCCUUUUUCCUGUAGUGGCGUGUCACGCUGGAAAAGGCUGCAGCAAACGUGACUCGGGUUUUUAAACCUAAACUGUCACCUUUAGGAUGGAACUCCUUUGUUUGCUUUUGGAAAAAAAAAUGUUAAACAAGAGCUACUUUUUUACUGAUGGAAAAACAAAACAAAACAGAAAACUAAUCAUGAAUAGCAAUGAGGAUCCUUAUGGACGUGAAUUCUGGGGGGUUUGUGAUAUUUCCUUCCCAACCCAGAAGGGUUUUCUAGAUCUGUUCCUUUUCUGUAAUAGACAUUUGUUAUGCACUACUCUUUGUAUGUAGAUGGUUAGCUAUCAGUCAGCUAUUUUUUUUUUUUUUUGAGAGCGAGAUGGGGAGAGAGGGAGAAUAGAAAAUGUGUGCUUUCUGACUGACGUGAUCUUUUGCAAUACCUCAAUUUUGAAAUAUAGGAGAGAAAUCAAUAUUUUCUAAGUAAGUUUAUUCAAAUACAAAAUAUAUAUUAAUUUAAAUUUGCAAGAAAAUGAUUUAACAGAUGGUUAAUUUUAUUUUUGUCAUGUUUCUUUUGCUUUUAUGUUAAUUUUAUUUUUUUGAAAAAAAAAGAAAAAGCAACUGAAGGAGCUAGAGCUUUAUAACUUUAAUAGAGUAAGAGUCAGCUGAAGUAAAGAGACGACAUUAACACGGCGUAAAUGGAGAGAGAUUCAGCACCUGCACGCCAGUGUUAAAAAAUAAAAAAAGGAAAAAAAAAGUUAAUACAAAAUUCUACUCCAGGAAAAAAAAAAAAAAAAGACAUGGAGUUGACAUCCAUUAGGUGCUUAAAAAGUCAACUUGCGAUACUUCCCUUGGUUUUGUAUGUUUAUAAUCAGUCAUUUACUGACCAGUGAAACGAAACUUUUUUUUUUUUUUAAAUAAAAAUCUUUUUUUAUGUUUAAGUGUAGCCCAUUUGUUUUGUAAAAGUAAAUCACCCUACUUUGUUAACCCGACCUAAUUUAAGCUAAACUGGUCUUCGAGGGUUUUUGAUUAAAUGGAGAAAAAGGAAAGGUUUUUUUUUUUUUUAAAGAAAAUAAACACACAAAGAUCCAAACAGUUUCAGCUGUAACUUGAUCGAAAGCCCCCGAGGUGCAUCAGCAGCGGGGUGGCCUUCUCUUCACUGAAGACUUGAAUUAGUCCCUUUUUUUUUUUAAGGCUAUAACCUUGAUUCUUUGUUGUAAUGUGCAAUACUGUUUGUACUGUUUGUAAAAAAGGAAAAAAAAAAGAAAAGAAAAAAGAGGCAUAAAUCUUUAUUGCAGAUUUAUUUUCAUUGCAAGCAUUGUGAUUCACUAAAAUCAUUUUCUACUGUGUAUUUACCUACUCUACAUGCUAGUACCUUCCAGUGGUAAUGUAGCCUUUAUACUGAGAAAUUUUUCAUUAUUUUUAGAGAUUUUUUGCAAAAAAGAAACAAAUUAAAACAUUUACAUAUUUCUUCUUUUUUUAUUUUGUAUUUCUUUACAGAGUUAUUUCUCAACCAUUAAUAUUGGCUAUUUCUGGGGGAGACUUUCAUAUCUGGUCAAUGUCGUUAAUAUUAUUUUGUAUUUUUACUUGGAGUAAAUUAAUUUUAUGAUGCUAAUUCUUUUAAAAAAAAAUUUUUUCUUUUUGUUCAUUUUAUUUGAUGAAGCUGAGAACCUUUGUAAUGUUACUAAAGUGUCUAGAUUUUUGAAAUUGCAAAGCUUUGUGUUAACUCGCUGAUGUUGCUUACAUUAGUGUGACAAUGAUCUCAAGUAGGGGAAAAUUCGAAACUCGGAAUUGAUGCUUGGUAAUGGAAAAUGAUGGCUUGAGUGGUAAUGUACUGAUUGAAUGGGCAAUAAAACGAAAUGGCAGAAAGGAGCAAAUGUGAGGUGAAUGUUGUGAUGAUACAGUGGGAGCUACAGAGUGACUUAACGACCUCUCCAAUCGCUGCCACUGAAAAGCCCACGACGCUGAAAUUAAAGCAAUGUGCUGCGGCUGAAGAGUGUCACAACACCUUUCUGAGAGCAUUCACUCACAAGUACUCACCCUGUAGAAGUUUUUUUUUUUUUUCCAGCUGUAGCCGGACUUAAUGUAUAACGAGGCCAGUGGUUAGGGGUUUGUACUAUGCCUGGGCUAUACAGAGGAUAAUCAGGUUGAAAUAGUUUUCCAUUUUCUCCCUGUAUAUGGUUCCACCAAUUCCCUCCCACCAAGAGAACACGAUGUCUGUCUCUCUCUCGACUCUCAGCCACAGGCUGCCAUGGCGUUGUUGGGAUUUGAGUUUGUUCUCUUGACCAUUGUGUGAACGGAGAUGAAAAUGAACCAACCCCUUCUGACCACUUAGAUUGAAGCAUUUAACAAUGCUGCGAUAUCAUAAAUGAGUACAAUAUUUGACUCUCCACUCUAAUGUAAGGCAACACCCACUGCUUCAUGUCAAAAUGCAACCCUGACAUCACACAUGAAAGACAAAUGACUGCUGAGCUAAGUUGCCAUCCACCAACUCUUAACUGUUGUUGAGAAAUUCUUCAGAUUCCGAGUGUCACAAUAAUUGAUUCAUGAGCAUAAUCCAAAAGUGGGAAUUUCUUGCCAGACAACGACCUGAAUCAUGAUCCAGGCCAAGAAAUUGGUGCAGUCGGUCAUAUCUGACACAUUUUCAAACAUUAGGAUUGUAUAAAUCAUGUAGCAUGACCCUGGCAUCAGUGACGGAAAGGUUGUAGAGGUCUUGAGCGAGCUUAUCAACACUUAACCCAUCAGUGUAUGUUUUGUAUGUGACUCUGUGCUCUGACCCUGACAUUCUAACCAAAGUUGGGUAAAUAUUUGCAAUAUAUUUGUUUUCAUUUUCAUCUACUGCAUUGUGAUUGUAGCUGUGCAUGAAUGUAAUCAGUGACUGUAACUCAGCCAGUGCUCAGAUAUGCAACGGAUCCACAACCCCCCCCCCCCCCCCAGUUUAUUCACGUUAAACUAACGUAUUCAAUCAGUUGUUGGGGAUUUGAAGUAAAGAUGUUUUGGCUACGAGCUUACAGAACACCCUUCGUAUUUCUAAAGGGAAAUGCUCCAGCUCUGGUGUUGUGGUCAUCUCUUCUGCACCAAGGUCAAAACAAGAACGAAUGUCCUCUCUAGCUUGCAUUUUUCUACCCAUUUGUUUUUUACUAAUCCCAGGAUUGCAUACUAACCGCCUAGUGUCAUCCUCCUGGAAUGUUUAUUUUGCUCUCACUGGUGACUGUUGAUCAUUUCAUUAGCUCACUGCAUUCAUUUUGUACCCCUUGGUCUUUAAAAAAAACCCUUCAGAUAUAAUGUCAUGAAACAGCUGCUGAGGAACGAGGAGAAGAGAAAGCAAACCUGGGUCUUGGUGACUGUUUCACACUCGCUGUAGAUGUAUAGAUAUUUCCUGAACUAGAUUUGGGUAGUUAUUUAUUCACCUGUGCUUCAUGCUCAUUCUCUCUGUGGGUGGAUCUGCAGCCCACUCAGUCAUUUUGUGGGGGGAAAAAACAAACAGAUAUAACUAUAUACAUGAAGGAUUGAGUUCUUUUUUUUUCUAAGUUAUGUUUUAAUUUAUAACUAAUGACAGGUUCUAUCAUGACAAGCUUUUGAGAUUGUUCACUUGGACCUGUGCUUAUCUGAUGUUGUAGUUAAACUGUGAUUUAAAAGAGAAAAAAAAAAAAGGAGGGCAAUGCUGCUAUUGCUUACAACUUGCUUCAAGUUUGUAGUUCCCAACUUCAUUAUUUCCCCCUUUUCUGUACUAAUAAGCAGAUCUUAUUAAACAUAGUUGUAUGAUGC